CUCCUGGAUCCUUCUAUCAGGCAGUAAAUAUAAAUUCCGUCUCAGUCUAGUUAAAACGGGAUGCUACGACUAACACAAUACAGUCCACUCCUACGGCCGCGCGCUCUCUGGUCCGUUUAUUUAUAUACGGGUGGCCGGUGGUUAGGAUUGGAGCUGCCGACUCUUCAAAAGUUGGAGAGACGACAAGAGGAACCAAAUUUUUUUAACUCCGGAAGAGUACUACUCUCCAGACUAUGAGCACUAGUCCGACUUUCCCCUGCAGUUACUGCCUACUACUGCUGCUGCUAGUAGCAGCUCUAUUAGCGUCGUCGUCAAAAUCCGCCGCCACCGCCGCCGCCGCCGAUCGACGCAGCCUGAUUACCAAUGGCCUCGGCAUGACUCCUCCCAUGGGAUGGAACAGCUGGAACCAUUUUCACUGUGAUAUCAACGAGAAAAUGAUCAAAGCCACUGCGGAUGGCUUGGUCUCGAGUGGGCUUGCUAAGCUUGGAUACGUCUAUGUCAACAUUGAUGACUGCUGGGCUGAAAAGACACGAGAUUGCAAGGGCAAUCUAAGGCCAAAGAAAUCAACAUUUCCAUCCGGGAUUAAAGCAGUAGCAGAUUAUGUCCAUAGCAAGGGUCUUAAACUGGGAAUUUACUCAGAUGCUGGGUAUUACACCUGUAGUAAAACUCAACCUGGUUCGUUGGGUUAUGAGGAACAAGAUGCUCAAACUUUCGCUUCCUGGGACAUUGAUUAUUUGAAGUACGAUAAUUGCUUCAACGAUGGUUCCCGACCAACCGUUAGAUACCCAGUGAUGACCCGCGCUCUUAUGAAGACUGGACGCCCCAUCUACAUCUCCCUCUGCGAAUGGGGAGACUUGCAUCCAGCUGAAUGGGGGUUCAACGUCGGAAACAGCUGGAGAACAACCAACGACAUCUCCGACACGUGGGAAAGUAUGAUAUCGAAGGCGGACGAGAACGAGGUGUACGCCCACCUGGCCCGGCCAGGUGGAUGGAACGACCCGGACAUGCUGGAAGUCGGCAACGGCGGGAUGACGGAGAACGAGUACGUCGUCCACUUCAGCCUGUGGGCCAUCUCCAAGUCACCACUCUUAUUGGGCUUCGACGUCGCCAACGCCACCGCGACGCGGGCCGUGGCCCAUAUAGUGGGGAACGAGGAGGUGAUCAGGAUCAACCAGGAUCCGCUCGGGGUCCAGGCCAAGAAGGUGAGGAUGAUGGGCAGCAGGGAGAUAUGGGCCGGCCCAAUAUCCGGGUAUCGGUUCGUCGUGAUGCUGCUCAAUCGAGCGGAUACCGGCGACGAAGACACGGUGACGGCGUACUGGGACGACGUCGGGAUCCCGGCAAAGUCGUUGGUGGAAGUGAGGGACGUUUGGGAGCAUAAGACGUUGGGGAGAGCCGUCGCCGGGAAUAUCUCGGCCACCAUGCCACCUCGCUCUUGCAAGCUCUAUAUCUUGAAGCCCGUCGGUUGAUGACGACCUCAAACGUCGUCGAACGAUAUCGUAUUGUUGUGUGUGGUUGUUCACUCGUUACUAUUGAAUGUCGCGGGCUAUGAGUCUUAUGAGCGAUUGUGGAAUUAUUAGGUGGUAAUAAUGUAGUCUGAUUGCACGAUUGAAAUAAAAUACUAGCAAAUGUGUUCAUGAUUAAUAAAGCGUUAAGCAAGGGAUUAUGACAUAAAUAAUGCAU